AUGGAGGUUUUUAUGUCCACGACUUGCUAUGCCUCACUGAAUGCAUUUGCUUUUGGAGAUCCAGAAUUCAAGGAGGGUCUCCUUAUUGGAAGCGUGCAAGAAACCUCCCCAAGAAUUUUCAUCACAGCCGCGAUGCCAUGCGCGUUGAGAUCUGGGCAGUUACCAUUUUCCUCGUUUGGAAAGCCAAUCGGCAUCUUUCGGUGUCGUGAAAAGAAACUUCGGACUGACAUUAGUGUCAAUGAUCUUGCCAGCCUCUUUCCAGGGGCACUUUUUUUCUGCCUUAUUGAAUCGGAUAAUAAUAACAACGUGACUCAGCACCUCUUCAAAACUAUUUUUGACAAUGGUUUUCGUUCUGUGGAGCCCAUAGAGUUUCAUCUUUUUCCCGAGAGCCUGGGUGAUAAUGAGCUUCUUAUAGCCGGCAUACCUGAAGUGUAA